CCCCAGGGGUGGGCUGCCGCCGGGCGGGGGACGCCCUGCUGCGCUCCUGGGGGGCCCCUCGGCUGCAGCCCCCGGCGCGGGGUAACACCGCCCUCCUCCCGCUGCUCUGUCCUUGCAGGGUGGUGCUGUCAGUCAAUGACAAAUGGCAUUACUGCCAGAACUCCGACAUCCUGGUGGGCUCGCGCGCCAUGCGGGACCGGCACCUGCGCCUGCUGGGCUACUGUCUGGUGCAGCUGCCCUACACUGAGCUGGAGAAGGUGAGUGGCAUCGAGGAGGCCAAGCACUACCUGCGGCAGAAGCUGAGGGAGCUGCGAUUCUGAGGGGCUCGGCCCCCGCCGGG